GCACUCGUGCCAUAGGUUCGCCACCACUGAACUAUGGGAUUCACUUAAGUAUCACGGUGACUCACUUUAUGACUGUUGUAAAAAUGGUCAUCAAAUCCAGUUGGAUCAGCUGAUGCUUAGGACUGUAGUUGUGGGCUCCACUGUGAUCAGAAGCCAGGGGGAUUGGUAUUCAGAUCUGACUCGCACAGAAUCUUACGUGGCAUGAUCAAUUUGUCAGAAGAUUUUCCUGCCCGCUUCGGAAGAUGCCUUUCUUUUAAAGUUCACUCGUAGGAACCAGUAGAUCAGCUUUAAAUAGAUCCAUACUGUUGGGAAAAUCACUGUUUGGAUCCCUUUUGUGCCUCCUUCCUUGGUUUAAUCCCUCUCUUUCUGCAUCCCUGCCCUCGCUCCCCAUGCUUGUUGUUAGCUUAAUAGAGCAAUAUGCUUUUUUAUCCUAAUAUUUGGACAGGGCUGAUUCUGAUUCUGCAAAAAGGCCAAAAGAGUUAAUCCACCCCUUCUGCUUUUGAAUUAAAGCCUUUCUUCCCUGCUUUGCUUAAAUAAAAAUAAAUGCAUUGCUUAAUUGCUUUGUUCCUGUAUCACCUGUCUUUUCGCCCUUGGGGGAAGUCGGUAUCCCGAGCUUCCAACUGUAAUCCAAACUGUACAGACUUGGUUUCCUCUGCUUUCCUGAUCCGGUUAAUUGGCAUCUAGCCUGGGAAGGUGGGGUUUCACCGACACAAGCAACAAAAGUUGUUUCCGUUGUCACUCACUUCGGCUUCAAAUGUGCCACUCCGUUUGAUGUGCAGUUGGGGAAAAAAAUUUACUGCCAGGUGUAAACUUGGAGUCCCAGAGGGGAGAAGGCAGCGACAUGAAGAAUCUAAAGUAGAAAGCCAACGUCAUAGGGUCUGAGACCCUUCCUCAACUUCCCCUAUCCAUGAAGAUCUGAAGCUUCCAAACCUGUUCCUACCUCUCUGCUGCUGCUGAAGGAAAGCAGUUUCACUGGGACAGAAGAAGGAAAACCAAGGGGAAGAAGUGGAGACCUCCAGGGACAGGGGAAAAAUAAUCCAUCGAUGGCCUGCCCAGGGUUUAGAAAACCAGCCAAGUGAAAACGGUUGCCAAGAAGGAAAAAGCAGAAGAGAAGAAGAAAAAAUGAAAAGACAUAUUUUUGCCCUAUCUGCUUGCAGACGAAGAGGGGGGAACACUUGCUUUCCUUUCAUAGCGCCAGAAGACCACCUCAAGGGCUGUUCCUUCCAGUAAAACGGCUGCCGGUGGCUCAACGAGGAUUUUGGAUCCCUUUUUUUUUUAAUCCCCACCUCUACUCAUCUUGGACCUCUUGUAUAAAGGAGCCGACCGAGCUGUCAAAAAUGAUGGCCAUUCGGAACAAGGGCCUGAAAAUGUUCACGCUUGCCUUACUUUUCAUCAUCACCAUCACGUCGUUCCUGCUCAACUACACCAACAACGUGGUGUCCACGUCUUGGGAUCCCAAGCAGAUCGCUUACCAGUUUUCGGAGCAGGUUAAAAAACUGCUGAAAUACUCCAGGAGGCCCUGCAGUUGUGACACCUGCAUUUUGGAACAGAGCUCAGCCUGGUUUGAAGAAAGGUUCAACAUAACUAUUCCACCCUUCUUAACCACUCAAAAUGCCUUCCUGCCCAAAGAGAACUACAGAUGGUGGCUGAAACUCCAGGGAGAGAGAAGUCCCAAGACCAUGAAUGAGACCAUCCAGGAACUCUUCAGCUUCAUUCCAGGAGACUGGGAGCAACUUUUGGACAGGAGCAGUUCACGGUGUCGUAGGUGUGCUGUUGUAGGAAAUUCAGGGAAUCUUCGGCAGUCACAGUACGGCCAGCAGAUUGAUGCUCAUGACCUUGUGUUUAGAAUGAACAAAGCCCCAAUAAAGAGCUUCGAAUUGGACGUCGGCAGCAAAACAACUCAUCAUUUUGUCUACCCGGAGAGCUAUCGAGAACUAGGGGAGACGGUCAACAUGAUUCUCAUCCCGUUCAAAAUCUUAGACUUGCGCUGGGUCAUCAGUGCUCUCACAAACGGCACCAUCGAUCACACAUACAUUCCUGUUCCUCGGAAGAUCAAGGCCAACAAAGACAAGAUCAUGGUUUAUCAUCCUAGUUUUAUAAAAUAUGUGUACGACAACUGGCUCCAACAUCAUGGGAGGUAUCCCUCAACCGGAUUCCUAUCAAUUAUCUUUGCCCUGCACCUCUGUGAUGAGCUGGAUCUCUACGGCUUUGGGGCAGACCACAGAGGCAAUUGGCACCACUACUGGGAGAAUAAUCCUUCUGCGGGAGCCUUUCGGCAGACCGGCGUCCAUGAUGGAGACUUUGAGGCAAACGUGACACAAACCCUUGCCUCGGUGGCCAAAAUACGGUUCUUCAAAGGCAGAUGACCCCGGUGGUCGGACAAGCGGUGAUCUCUGGCAAAGAAGGAAGGCAGAUGUUUUAAAAUAAAUGGAGUCUUGGAGUGGGCGGUCUGUCAAGUCUCAGCCGAGAAAUGCUUCAGAGAACUGCAGGCUGCAAUUAGCAGGCAGCUUUGAAAGCCCGCCCCCCCCCCCCCGCCCAAAUACAACUUUGAAGUUUGACAGCAUCGGAAAACGCCCCGUUUGGAAAGGAAUGUCUGCUCCAGACUCUCCAAUUGUAACCCAUGUUUUAAUUCCUUUUCCGUCUUCAGAAUUACUGGAUCUUCAGCUCUACAAAGAAAAAGGGAAAAAAGAGAGGGGGAGCAGAAGAGAUCAGGGAAUUUGCAAACACCCUCUUGUUUUCAAAUUACCUCAAAAGAGCUUUUUCCAAUCAUGUUUUUUUUUUUUUCCUCUGAAGGAUCUUGGCAAGGCCAACAACCCUCACCAAUUCUUUGUUGGGUAGGGUGAACAAGAUCUUUGUCUCCUGCGAGCAAAACAAUUGCUGUGCCGUGUCGGUUAGUGCUUUUUUUUUUGACUGUCGAAAUGAAAUGUCCUGUUUCCAGGUAAUAUAUGCGGUUGCCAUUUAGUGUGGCUACAAGCCAGGAGUAAAGUAGCAGGGCUCCGUGGUUAUAAAAGAAGAUAAUGCAGGGGCAGGUUAAUACUUUUAUUUUACUUUUUUUUAAAAUGCUCUGCAUGGUUCUCAAUUCUCUUGCGAAGCAGAGAAAUGAAUUAAUAUUGCACACAAACAAAUACAAGGACACGCACAAAUACAGCACAUGAUCUGGGCUCCAUAAAUUUAGACAACCCCUAGAUGGCAUCAAAGGUUAUUUUAAAUUUCUGCAACCUUGGGAGUUUUGCAGCCCAAAUCUUUGGUUUAACACACACACAAACACACACACACACCUAUCAUUGACAUGUGCCUUUCUAAAACGCUCAUAACAUAAAGGGAGGGAACUUGUUUGUUACAUUCCCUCACAGACUGAACUCUCAGAACUCCACUUGUUCUGUGAAAAUAAGGGACGCAAAAUUUAAAAACUGCUCAUCCCACCUUGUAUAUGGGUGGCUUUUGAAAUUUUUGGGCAGAAGAAGGAAAGGAAAAAGAACCGUUUUUGUCUUAUUUUCAAGAACACUUGGGAGGGGAAAAAAAAGUGAAAGAUUUUUGCUUCUAUUUUUUACAGUUGCUGUACCUUUAAAUAUAUAUUUUAAAGUGUUGAGAGUUUUUAAAAAGGCAGUGGUCCCAUCAGCGUGAGAACAGCAAGGCACAGAUCUGAGGUCAUUCAGUUCACCAGCAGAGUCUGUUCCAUCCAAAUUCUAGGAGGUCCGUUUUGCGAGAGAGAAAAAUGACGGACUGAACACCCAUUAAAUCGAUCCGAGCGCUGUUGACAUGUAUACAGGAUCCGAAUGAUCAAGAAAAGUCCAAAUUAACAAGGAGAAUUCAUCCACAGUCUAUAGAGACGAGGAUUCCAGAACAUCUGGAGGAGGACUUCAGUGUUCUAGAAUGUGGAACUCAACCUAGAUAGAUGAAGCCAACCAGCUGUUUGGACAGCCAGCCACAGAAGCAAAACUGGGGAGGCCCUUGAAGAGGUAGCAGCAUGGUGAAAACAGAGAUGGAUGGAUUAUUAUUACCUCAUAGACAUACAGCUAACGUCCUCUCUCACCUGGACACAAAAGAACAACCUAGGAUCAGGUUGCUACUUUGCAUGCUUUUUCCAUCAUGCAUUGAUCAGUCUUUCCACACCGUGGACUCCUACUGAAGAGUUGUUUUGCAACACACUGUUGGGGCUGGAGUGUUAGGCCCUUUCCUCUUAACAUUCUGGAAGGCGUACCAGAUUGAGGUAGGCUGGUCUAGAACAUAGAGCCACUUCUUUUUACAAAAGAGAAAAAUAAAAUUGCAGUUGCAGACGUAAACUUCCCCCUCCUUCCAAGAGUGUCUUCACCAGUCGCUAGUCUGCUUCCUGGUUUGGAGGUCAUACGGUCACGUGGUCUUCUUCAAAAGUAAAACUGGCCAAUUUCAAAUAAGCUAUAUUUUUAAGUAGAUUGUCCUGGAUGCCGCAAAUUAAAGUCUCCAUACAUUUUUGUAGCACAGGUUUAAAUCAUGAUUUCUUUAAAUUAUGUUCAAGGACAUUCGUCCCGAGGCUGGAUGGCUUCUGGAGUGAGAAUGACCUUUUUCUAGACUUUUCUAGACUCGGCAGUUUUUUCUUUUAACAGCAACUUGUUUAUGUACAGGAAAAGGUGCUUCUACUUCUCUCCAUGAAAACAUGUGCCUGUUGAAUUCUGCUGAUCCAGCUUUGAUUAAGGAUUAAAGCAGGCCAGGAAACUUCGUCUUUCUCAGACGGCAUCCUUAAACUACGAUUGUGUAUCCCGAAUCCCGUCAUCCUGUUUGGUUUGGGGUUUCUUUUAUGCUGUAUUUUUAAACUACCGGUCAGGAAUAAAACAAAUUGAGCUCAAUGUGUCAAAAGCUUAAA